GUAACAAUGCAGAGGUUGGGAAGCACAUUAGCUCGAAUGGCCAUUCGACCCACUUUGACGUAUCGUGCGUCUAAAUUUAUCCCUACGAUGAUUAGAACACAAAGAAUGUGCACCGCAAAUGAUAUUGUGUUUCAUGUGGACACGGUUGAGGACUUCACUGAAAAGGUUGUAAACUCUCCAGCACCGGUGAUAGUGGACUUUCACGCAGACUGGUGUGGCCCUUGUCGCGUUCUUGGACCUCGCCUAGAAGAAAAGGUAGGCUUCCAGCUUUAA